AUUUGAAAUCAGGAAAAAACUAAAAACAGCCAAAAAGAAAGAAAAGAAAGAAAAAAAGAAAAAGCAAGAAGAGGAGCAGGAAAAGAAAAAGCUGACACAGAUUCAAGAAUCUCAGGUAACAUCCCACAACAAGGAACGGCGUUCCAAACGGGAUGAGAAACUAGAUAAGAAAUCUCAAGCCAUGGAGGAGCUAAAAGCAGAGCGAGAAAAACGGAAGAACAGAACAGGUGAGUGGGGAAAAUGUAAUGGCUGCUUUGUCUCUGGGAUCAUAUGAUUUGACA